AUGACAAUUUUGCUUUCCUUUGCUUUCUUGGUUGCUCUUCUGGCUCACAUAGGCUGUAGUAAUCAGCGUCGGGGUCCAGAAGCCAGUGGGAGAAGAUAUAACCGGAUCCAGCAUGGUCAGUGCACCUAUACUUUCAUUCUGCCAGAACAGGACGGGAACUGUCGUGAAAGCACGACAGACCAGUACAACACAAAUGCUCUUCAGAGAGAUGCUCCUCACGUGGAACAGGAUUUCUCUUCCCAGAAACUGCAACAUUUGGAACAUGUGAUGGAAAACUACACUCAGUGGCUCCAAAAACUUGAGAACUACAUUGUGGAGAACAUGAAAUCAGAGAUGGCCCAGCUGCAGCAGAACGCYGUGCAGAACCACACAGCCACCAUGCUCGAGAUAGGAACCAGCCUCCUCAGCCAGACAGCAGAGCAGACGAGAAAACUCACUGAUGUUGAAACCCAGGUGCUAAAUCAAACAUCCAGACUUGAAAUUCAGCUACUAGAAAACUCGCUAUCUACGUACAAGCUAGAAAAACAGUUACUACAACAGACACAUGAAAUCCUCAAGAUUCAUGAGAAAAACAGCUUAUUUGAGCACAAAAUACUAGAAAUGGAAGAAAGGCAUAAGGAGGAAUUAGACACUUUGAAAGAGGAAAAAGAGAACCUGCAAAGCUUGGUUACUCGCCAAAGCCAUAUAAUCCAGGAACUUGAGAAGCAAUUAAACAAAGCAACAAGCAACAACAGUGUCCUGCAGAAACAGCAACUUGAAUUGAUGGAUACAGUUCAUACUCUAAUCAGCCUCUGCUCCAAGGAAGGAGUUUUAUUAAAGAAUGCAAAAAAGGAGGAAGAAAAGACAUUCAGAGACUGUGCAGAUGUGUACCAAUCUGGUUUAAACAAAAGUGGAGUCUACACUAUUUACAUUAACAAUGUGUCAGAUCCUAAAAAGGUCUUUUGCAAUAUGGAAAUUGCAGGAGGAGGGUGGACAGUUAUACAACACCGAGAAGAUGGAAGUCUGGAUUUCCAAAAAGGCUGGAAGGACUAUAAAAUGGGUUUUGGAAGCCCAUCAGGUGAACAUUGGUUGGGGAAUGAAUUUAUCUUUGCAAUAACAAGUCAGAGACAAUAUUCUCUGAGAAUUGAAUUAAUGGACUGGGAAGGAAACCGGGCAUAUUCACAGUAUGACAGAUUUCAUAUAGGAAAUGAAAAGCAGAAUUACAGGCUUUACUUAAAAGGUCACAGUGGAACUGCUGGAAAACAGAGUAGCUUGAUCUUACAUGGUGCUGAGUUCAGUACUAAGGAUGCUGAUAAUGACAACUGUAUGUGUAAAUGUGCCCUCAUGCUAACGGGAGGUUGGUGGUUUGACGCCUGUGGCCCCUCGAACCUGAACGGGAUCUUCUACACAGCCGGGCAGAACCAUGGGAAGCUCAAUGGCAUCAAGUGGCACUACUUUAAAGGGCCCAGCUACUCCUUGCGGUCCACAACCAUGAUGAUUCGGCCCUUAGACUUUUAAAAGCAUCCAGCAGUGGCUACAAGAACAAAGCACAAAGCAACUGCCCUCUGCAGAACUUCAGUAACAUUCUGAAGGUAAAAGGCGAAGGACUCCUUGGAGGCAACAAGUCGAACAGAUGCAAAGUUGCUUCAUUAUCACUUCAUAGCCUGCAAAAGCUUCCCACUAGUCCCCCUGCAACUUGGUCAAAGGGGAAGCUUGGUUUAGAGGAAGGUGACUUUCCUCUAACAAUGAUUUUCCGGAGGAGAACAUCUGGAGAACUUGGUGAACUACCUAUUCUGACUGAAUCUAGUGCUUAUCAGUGGAGGUCUUUUCUUUCAGUGUAAAAGAUGCAAAAAUAUACCAGAUUACUCAGCAAGAGCAGCAGAAUUUGAAGCCACAAUCAACCACAAUCUACCUGGGAGAAGGCUUUUCAACAGUGGAAUGGCAAAUACCCACAAAGUAGGAUUACAGAAAUACUUGUGUUAAAGCUCAUCUUAAAUACUGAAGGUGAUCACUGGAGACACUGUGUUCCUUAAAUCAUCUGUGUUUAAAUGAGUGGAUGGAUUAUUUAAUACCAGAAUCAAAUAAUCUGUGCUAAUCUUAUUUUUCAUUAAAUCCUUCAAAGACACAUUUCUCGUUAAAAAAAAAAUGAAAUUUAUGAAGAAAGAUAGGGUUAAUAAACUGAAAUUCUUCAGUUGUUGCUCUGUAUAGGUAAAUUAGAUAAUUGGCAUAAUCCCUGAACUAGGAUUUAUAGUGUGAUAACAAAAGUAGCUGUGUUUUGGUUCUUUUCCUCCCCUUGUUUCGUUGAAGGCAGUCUGAAUGUCAUAUAGAAAAAAAUGAUGGAAGGUUUAAAGAAUGUGAAAUGUUAUCCUAAAGAAAAUAUAUGAUUUUGCAUGGAAUAUUUCCAUCAAAAGUACAUCCAUCAGUUUUCCUUUUCAAGAAAGCAAACUGUUAGGAUAUAUAGAGAUAGUAGAACUGCAUAUUUUAAGUUGAUGGAUUCAUUUUACAGUACCUUUGUAUGUGUGCAAUUUAUCAUUAAUUAUUGUACUUUUUUAUUAAAUAUCCAUUUCUUCACUAUAUUGUUUCAUUUUUGUGAAUACCAGAUGCAUGCUAGUUCUACACAGCACUUAGGCUACAACUAUAAAAAUAUUCAAUACAACUGUAUAGAAAAUAAAGAUUUAUGAACUGUACAUAGCAUGUUUAUAUCUCCUUUAAUGAUCAUUUAGUUUGUGGACACAGCCCUGACCCUACUGAAUACAAGAAAAUGCAAAAACUCAAAAGGAUAUAAAUAUUAAAUGAAGUCUAGAAGAGUGCUUACUGGUUUCUACUGUCAUAACAAGUAACUGUUAUGUGUGAGGCAAGAUGCAUAAUUCAGUUGUUAGAAAAGAUAGAAUGCUUUUAAUAGCAAGCAAAAAAUAGCUGGGUGGUCCAUAAAGUUACAGGGAUAACUCUUUCCAUUUGCAGUUUCUCAUGGUUUAAUCAUAUGAGCAAAGUCUCUUUGGGAAAGUAGCUUGCACUCACUCAGCUUCUGCUUCAGAAAAAAGCAAAAGCUUGACCCUGUUCCCACUGAAAUCAAAAGUAACAUUCUCAUUGAUGAAAAUGGGACCAAGAUCACGCACAAAAUCUGAAUGUGGUGAGUGUUUUUGCUUGUCUGUGUGUUGUUUGGUUUCAUUCAUUAAUUGCUCUUAGUAUAGCAAGGAUCUGAUUCCAUUUUAAAGAAAUAUGAUAUUAGAAUAACUGUGGAUUUUUUUC